AUGUAUGCCUGUACUGUUCCUCGACUGGCCAAGCAGGCCCUGCACCGCCUCAGCCUGGCUGAUCUCGUAAAGCACGGUCGCCCCCCCCUCUCUGCUGAGGCCCUCCUCUCCUCGGCACGCUUCACUCUCUCCCUCCUCCCCAUCCGCCUCGCCCACCGGAUCCAGGCCCUGCGCAACCUCCCCUACAUUGUCGUCUCCAACAGCAACAUCACCAAGAUCUACAACAACUACCAGCACUCGCUGUCGACUCUCCUCCCCUGGCUCGAGGGUCAGACCUCGCCGCGCCACACCCUCUCCACCCUCGACGACGAGAUCCGCUUUACUGAGGUCCUCGCUGAACUCGUCCAGACGCAUACCGAUACCAUCCCGCUCCUGGCGCAGGGAUUCCUCGAGUGCAGGCGGUACAUCUCCCCCGCCGAGGUCACCCGCUUUCUGGACGAGCACCUCCGCGCCCGCAUCGGCACGCGCCUCAUCGCUGAGCAGCACAUCGCCCUACACUUCUCCAGCAAACCACACUUCGACCCGGACGCCAGCCCUACCCCCUGCCCGGACCACCCCAGCUUCAUCGGCGUCAUCGACACCGCCCUCCGCCCUGCCGGCGUCGUCGACAGCUGCGGCGGGUUCGUUGCCGAUAUCUGCGAGCUCAAGUACGGCGUCCGCCCUCGCUGGGAAAUCGACGGCGACCCGGACACAACCUUCGCCUUUGUCCCCAACCACCUCGAGUACAUCGUCACCGAGCUGCUCAAGAAUGCCUUCCGCGCAACCGUCGAGAGCGGCCUGUCUCGUGAGCCCGUCGUCAUCACCAUCGCCCCCGAGCCUUCCUCCUCCGGCCAGGACGCCACCACCACCGUCCGCCUCGACGACAAUAAGGCAGGGCGGCUCACGAGCGAUGCCAUCAGGCCGCUCGACGAUAAUGCUCCCGGCGUGACGAUCCGCAUCCGCGACCGCGGCGGUGGUAUCAGCCCGGACGUGCUGCCCAACAUCUGGUCCUACUCGUUCACCACGGUGCGCGAGGAUGAGGAAGACGUCCCAGGUGGGUCGUCCAUCGACGCACUGAGCGUCAUUUCGAGCUCCAGCGGCGGCGGCAGCUCGAUCGCCGGCCUGGGGUACGGGCUGCCGUUGAGCCGGGCCUAUGCCGAGUACUUUGGUGGAGGCGUGGCUGUGCAGAGUCUCUACGGCUGGGGGACGGACGUUUAUCUGAGAUUGAAGGGCGUUGGGAAGAUAGAGCGAGCAAGCGAGAUCAAAUCAUAAGACAACUACAUAGUGGAUGAACGGAUGGUCAUAACAUCACCAGGUCAGAACUUGAGACUUGCAUGGCUUGACGAUUGAAUAACAAUCACACAGAGAACAGAUGCAAAUCCACGAUAGCCUCCAAAAUUAAAUGCAGGCAAGACUCCAUAGCAAGGCGUCAUUAAGGAUAUAGGGCACAAAACCAAAAGGUGCUUUCUUCG